AUGGCUUCCGGUAGUAGUACUUCCAAGUCUGAUGAUCCGAAGCAUUAUUCGGAGAAAGAAGCAGCCGAGAAAAAGCAAAAUGGUGAGUCGUCAUCGUCGUCGUCAAGCUCAAAGCAAAUGAAGUACAUAGCAAUUGUGGUUCUAGUCAUAAUUGUGGUGAUGAGUGCAGCAAUGGGGAUGAUUUGGGGGGUGGUUAAACCCAAACGCCCAGUUUAUGCUAUCGAAUACGGUGUUAUUGCAGAUGCGAAUAUUUCAACACCUGACUACGAAACUCUGUCUGGCAAGUUGGGUUUUGUGAUGAGAUCGUAUAAUCCCAACAAGAAGUCCACCAUACACUACAAAUCGAUGUCGAUUUACAACAGUUACAGUGAAAACAAAACUACUACUUCUGUUAAGCGUGUAGAAGAUUUCUCUCAACCUCCUUUCAAUGUGACCCGGAUUCGUUUCAUAGUUCCUGUACAGAUCUCGACCGAGCCUGGUGAGAAUGUGAUAGAGUACCUACAGCACGGCAAAAUCACAGUAAACAUUUCUGUGAAGGCAGAGAUGACGUUUAGAUUUGGAAAUUGGAAGUCCACCCCUCGACCUAUUGGGAUUUAUUGUCAACCUGCUGCUGUAAUGCUGGCCAGUAAUUUUCAGACCACUGAUUGCUAUGUUGAUCUUUAA